UUUCCCCCCAGGCCGGUGCAGAAGGCGGAGCUGGUGCGCCUGUCCCAGACCCUGCUCCACGUCCCCGCCCUGCACUGGGUGGUGGUCGAGGACGCCGCCGCCCCCUCUGCGCUGGUGGGGGGGGUCCUGGCGUCCUCGGGGGUCUCCUUCACUCACCUGAGCGCCGAGACCCCCCCCGAUCUGCGGGGGGGCCCCGGGGCCCCGUCCUGGCUGUUCCCGAGGGGGGCGGAGCAGCGGAACCGCGCCCUGCGCUGGCUGCGGGACACGCGCGGCCGCGACGAGCCCGGCGUGGUGUACUUCGCCGACGAUGACAACACCUACAGCCUCAGGCUCUUCGAGGAGGUGGGCCCUUGAAAUCCCAAAAAAAUCCCUGAAAAAACCGAA